AUGCCCAGCAAACUCUUUGGGUCUCCCUCCUCCUCAUCCACCUCGUCCUCUUCUUCGGCCUCUUCUUCCGACUCGGACCUCACCACCGACGCUUCCUCCGCCUCCUUCCGUCACAGCAUGGAGACGGCCACGAGACGGCCUCGUGCCAUUGCCUCGGUCGAGGUGCUGCGCUGCAUGCGCUGUGCCCGAGCUGUCGAGACGACUUCGACCGACGACAUCAGCACCAUGGGCAUGGUCCGCAUCGCCCACAACCUCUACUACUGCCAACGUUGCGCCAAGAUGGUGGGCUACAAAUAA